GAAUGAAACGCGGUGCAGCUUAUUCCCGUGGAACCGAUCACAGAGGAUCAGAAAAAUCGCAAGCCCGCAGGCCGCAGCCAGAGAAGACCACCCAGAAGGAAGGAAGAAAGAAAGAAGGUCAUAGAUGAGAAGAACAUAACCUACAUAUUCCUCAAAUCAAACCCCUUUCAUUUCAAGUUUCAACAUUUUUUCCCUUUUUUCUUUUCCCCCUAUACUUAUUUCACUGUCAUCAAGUUCGAAGCGCUAGUAGCAUCGGGGAUUUGAGGUAUGAUGAAAGCACAUAGGGCAUCAUCAUGGUCGUGUUUGAUAGUGAUUUUGAUGGUUUUCGUUCAAUUGGGAGCUUCAGUGAGGACCGAUGAGGCAUAUGUCACUCUUCUCUACGGUGAUGAGUUCUUGUUGGGCGUUCGAGUUCUCGGUAAAUCCAUACGUAACACUGGAUCCACCAAGGACAUGGUCGUUCUUGUCUCCGAUGGAGUCUCCGAUUAUGCCAAAAACCUUCUUAGGGCUGAUGGAUGGAUAGUUGAGAUGAUUAGUUUACUGGCAAAUCCUAAUCGAGUGCGUCCAAAGAGAUUUUGGGGCGUCUACACAAAGCUCAAAAUAUUUAACAUGACUAACUACAAAAAAGUUGUUUAUCUUGACGCGGACACUAUUGUGGUAAAAAAUAUUGAUGAUCUAUUCAAAUGUCAAAAAUUCUGUGCUAAUCUGAAGCAUUCUGAGAGGUUGAAUUCGGGAGUCAUGGUGGUGGAGCCAUCUGAAACCCUUUUUAAUGACAUGAUGAGCAAAGUGAAGACUCUUGCGUCAUACACGGGAGGAGAUCAAGGAUUUCUCAAUUCAUAUUACUCUGAUUUUCCAAAUGCACAUGUUUUUGAGCCAAAUUUGAGCCCAGAGGCAUUGAAGUCCAGACCCAUUCCUCAAAUGGAGCGACUUUCAACGCUGUAUAAUGCUGAUGUUGGUCUUUACAUGCUUGCUAACAAGUGGAUGGUUGAUGAGAAUGAACUCCGUGUGAUUCACUACACACUUGGCCCUCUUAAGCCCUGGGACUGGUGGACAUCAUGGCUUCUGAAACCUGUUGAUGUCUGGCAGGAUAUAAGAGUACAACUUGCAGAAUCCCUUCCUGGCACGGGAGGGGGCCAAAAUCCUAAAGAGAGUUUUCUUGUGAAGUUUCUUUUUCUGCUACCAUUCUGUGCUCUUCUCAUCUGCUUCUACCAUUCAUUUCUAAAGAAUCAAGGGUCUUCAUUUUGUAGAAGCUCGCUAUGUGAUCAUUUCAGACGCUAUUAUUACAAGAUUAGAUCAACUGGACCACUUACAUAUACUAGUAUUUCGACAUCAACAAUCAGUUCGUCCCAUCAGCUCUUAAAUGGUUCUCAGUUCAAGGUUCCUGUCUAUUUGGGAGGCAUUUCCAUCUGUGUCUGUUUUAUGGCUGCAGUGGUGUCUCUAGGAAUAGCUCUUGCGAUUAUUCCUCGGCAAGUGAUGCCAUGGACUGGUUUACUUUUGAUGUAUGAAUGGACAUUCACAAUUUUCUUUAUAUUAUUUGGAGGUUAUCUCCAUUUGAUUUAUCAGUGGGGAAAGAUUGUGGCAUCAAAAGCAGUGUCGUCCUUGUCGCAACCUGGGUCUUCUGAUUACGAUUCAGGAAAACGUCAUCAACGACAAGCCUCAUCUUGUGAUGCUACUACGUGGUUCUAUGGUUUAGGGAUGGCCUUUCUGGCAAUUGCGGCUCCAUCCUUGCCUUUCGUUUUUGGAAUAACUGCCCUGUUUGUUAGGUAACUUGGAACUAAACUUAUUUAGAAGGAGAGCUCUAAUAGAAGCAUGCCUAGUGUAAGCCAUCAUAAUAGAUCUAGUUAAGACACUUAAAAUUUUUUUCAAUGUCAAUUUCGUCUUGGUGAUUCUGAAGUUACUCUUAUCAGAUUCAGCUUGAGUUGUGGUUUGUCAACCAAUAUCAUCUCUUUUCAGAGAUGCCAUAGAAUCCCUUCUACGUUAGUAGCAAACAAGCCCUUAGUAGUUGCCUUCUCCUGUAAUUUGUAGUUUGUUGGUUCAUUGCAUAGCAGUAGCAGCUACUUUUAAGUUCUAAGUAGUUUUUAAGUUGAA